AUGGCUUUCCGUUCAUCAUUAAGACUUGCUACCAAGCAAAUUUCUAGAUAUUCUCUCCUUUCUCAGGCUGCUAAGGUUGCUUUCAAAGCACCAGUUGCCAUCAACCAACGUUAUUUCAGUUACUCGCAAGUUGCUAAAGGUAGCAAAGAGAACAUUGUCAAUGUUUUGAAGUCUGAAAUCCAACUCGAAACAGAGAUUGAUGAACACAAAGAAAAACCAGAAGUCAUCAAUGCUUUCUUAGACUCUACUGGCUUCAAGGUUGUCGAAUCCUCCAACAAACACAGUAGUUUGGCCGAAAUUGUUAAGGAGACUGACAGCGAAAUUAUCCACAUCUACUUCGACGUUUCUCAAGUUACAAACAUCCCAGAACCAAACAUCAUGGAACAAGAAGGUGAAAACAAUGAAGAAUUUGAUUUCGAAAAGGAUCUUAAUGAAGAAUUUGCCAACGUUAACAUUGUCGUUGAAAAGAAGGCCGACAACUCCGCUAUCUCUAUAGAAGUCUUGUUCAAGUUGGAUGAUUGCUCCAUGUACGUCGAAAGUGUUACUCCAUAUGCUGAUUCCAAAUUGGCUUUGUCUGAAUCUGCAGAAAGUGAAACUGUUAGACAAAUUACUUACCAUGGCCCACCAUUCAGCAACUUGGAUGAAUCAUUACAAGAAUCUAUUGAAUCCUAUAUUAAGGACUUGGGCGUUGACGAAUCGUUGGGAGACUUUGUCAUUUCCUAUUCUGAAUACAAGGAAAACAAGGAAUACUUCACCUGGUUGAACUCUCUCCAAAAGUUCUUUUCUUGA